GCGCUGGUGCACAACUUAUGCUAUACGCCGACUGCUCGUUGAAGACGAUCUUUCAUCGUCUAGAAUUUUUUUUCUUUUUAAUGUUGUUUCGAUGGAUAUAAAAAUCCCGGAACCGAGACAUAUCAUCUUGUUAGAUAGCACCGGGUUCUCGACGAGACUAGAAUUUAUCAGUUUUUUUUUUCAAAUCCCGGCAAGUUUGCGACGAUCUUAUUACUCCGCGUGAAGUCGCGCGCUAACUAGGGCGCUCAUGCUAACGUAAGCUAACGUGGGGCAGUUUUUGGACAAUGCCCGGUGGGGGUCGAGGUCCCGUCCUGAAUAUCAUCUCGCCCUAACAGCAUCCCCCAACAUGGCAGACGUCAUCGUCGUGGAUGAAGAGGACGUCCCUCGGCCGCCGUCCUCAACUUUGGCCUCGUCGUCCUCGCCCCGCCGAGUACAGUUGACCACCCCAACCCACGUCACCCAGUCGCCUUUCGCUUCGGCCAGCAAGAACAAGCACGUUCUGCAGGCGGAGAAUCACAAGUUGUUCUCUGAGUUUAUGGAGCACGUCGUGGCCGUGACCCAGGACUGCCCUCAGGUGUUGGAAUACCUGAAGAUGAACCACGCCAAAGCCCGUACAGACUACCUGUCGUCAGUGGAGUUCCGUAACAGUUUGGGCCGAUGUUUGACCCGCCUGGAGGCCAAGCGUUCCAGGGUAUUUGUCUACAUCUAUGAGCUGUGCAUGGUGCUCAAGCAGCACAAAGACAGGAGCAGGAAGAAGAAGAACCUUGAGACCCCCUCUACUUCCGCAUCGGAUUGUCUUCACUCUACCUCGUUAAAAAGUGAAAGCCAGACUGCCGAGACAGGCGCGCAAGUACAAGGGGGAAACCCGGCGGCCCAAGACGAGAAGCCUUCUACUUCGGGUCUCCAGAAAGACCAGCAGAAAGUGGAGGAAAAGGCAAGCAGGGCCUCCAGGAAGCAGAUUGCGUAUCUGGAGAACCUGCUGAAAGUCUACGACGACGAGAUCUGACGCCUGCAGCGGACCCAGAUGAUGAAGAUCUACAACAAGCUGUGCGAGCUGAAGGACUGCAGCUCGCUGACAGGGCGAAUCCUCGAGCGCAAAAUCCUCUACAGCGACACUAGCUAUCCUGAGAUCAGCAGGAAGAUCCAGCGCUACAUCAACAGCCCCGAUGUCUGUCUCAACCCGCCCGACUACCAGGACAUCCUCCAGCAGGUGCAGCUGGCCAGCAAGCGACACAACCUACGCCUGAGCAGCAAGGAGCUGGAGCGGAUCGCCCGCAAGGCCUUCGCCGACACUGGCAGCAAAAUCCAGCAGAGGCGCCACCACGACCUGCUCUACGACUUUGGCUGCCAGCUUACCAGUGAAUACAAUCCUGACAACGACCCGGCGCUGAAGGACCCCACGCUGCUCCGGAAGCUAGAGAACAACCGCGAGCUGGGUCUGAACCGCCUGGAGGACGUCAUCAACAAAUACGCCAUCCAACAGGACAACGCGGACAAGAAAGACAAGGCGCGGCGGCACGUCGAAGAGUCGGAUGAAGAAGAGGAGGAGGACGACGACGUGUCCUCAGAAGCAGACAUUGAAGAAGAGAUCCAGGCCAGCAGCCAGCAGGAUGGACCAGAUGACGACGAAGAUGGCGGCAACGAGGAGGAGAAAAUGAGCGGCAAUUCCAAUGAGGAAGUGCCGACGACGGGAAACGGCAGCGUAGCGGCGGCGACGGACAACGAGGCAGUCACCAGCCGCCUCCUCUCUGACGCCGGCAUCUCGGCGCUGUCGAGUCGCACAUCUGCCAGUGACAGCCCCAGCCAAUCGGAGUUCGCGGAGCCCUGCGAGUCCUCGCCUGACGAGAACGCCCCCGCCGCCGCAUCAGAGGAGCCCACACAUCCUGUCAAUCAGGUCACCAGCAACCAGAGCAGCGGCACGGACCCGGCAGUUACCUUCAACGGGGCACCCUUACCUCUCACGCUCGAGAUGACGUGUCACUCGCCCAUCACCAACGGCACCUCGCCACCACUUUCAUCAACGCCCUACUGCAGACUGAGCAGGAGCCACAAGAGGAAAAUACUGGACGCUACACCAAAGCAGAAUCACAUUGACGCCAACGACAGAGAGGUGGAGGUGCUGCUGGACAUGGGCGUCAUCUGCGCCUCUCCUCUGCGGGCCGUCGACCGGUCCGACUGCCAGCUGGUCAGCAGUUCACAAUCUCCACCCCCCAAGAAGUACAAAGUUAACGUGGCCACCCAGUGCGACCCCUUGGAGAUCAUCGAACUGUCCGACUCGGAAUGACCAAGGGUCACAAUUCCAAAUCAGUCUCUUAUCUUCUGUGAGUUGAACUUCCACUCAGGACAACCAAGGGGGCGCUGAAACGCCCGUCUGUUUACAUUUGUAUUCCUUUGUAAAAGUGCAUUGGAUGCUUUGGUUGGACCUCAUAUUGUGUGAUGACCUGUACGAUGGCAGAAACAUUUUAAGAUGAUGUGGGCUACACUGAGCUCUGUGCAUUUAGCAUCUUUAGCCUUUAACAAGAGUGUGAGUGGGCUACAGAGCGGUUGAGAUUUUAAGUUUGACUGUCAAAACCUUCAGUCUAAAAAAAAUAAAAUAAACUUUCAUUUUGUGUGCGUGCCAUUAUAUAUAUAUUUUUAAUAUUUAGCAGAUGUUCUUUCAUGCUGUCUGGGAGACACCUGUGAAAUUUUGCAAUAAAGUUACUAAGCUUUUGAAU